AUGCUCUCCCUCGCUCGACCAGGGUCCCAGGGAUUCUCGAUGCUUCAAGCUACAUAUAACAGCGCCAUAAGAGCGAGCACUGUUCCUCCACUACACAUCCUUCCUCGCAGAUACUAUGGCGGUAUAAUACGGGCGAUUGUCUCGAAACAUGUCGAAAGCAUCUCUGACACUCUCAGCCCGGUCCUCCCUCCGAACCUGCGAAAGCGACCCGACCUCUACCAGCAUAGAUCAAACACUGAGAUCAACAUCAACCUCCCACCCAGCUCCAAUGCGACGAACAAGGACACAAUUGAGCUAGAAGAUGACAUAUCAACUACAGAAAGCCAAAGGGGCCUCGAUGCCGAGACGAGUAUCCAGACCCAAGUCCGCCGGUUGAUGCGAUUAGUUCCUCACCCCGUCGCGAUCGUCACUUCAACAGAACCCAACUCUCCGCCGAAUUCGGCAUUCAGAGGAAUGACCGUCUCUUCAUUCAACACUGUGACACUGAACCCGACACCGGUUAUAUCGUUUAAUGUGAAAACCCCGUCAGAGACAUACAAUGCCAUCCGUUCUUCGUCACGCUUCCUCGUACACCUACUGUCCCCAAACGAGGCCAUGGCAAGAUUGGCAUUGGAGUUUUCAAAGGGGCAUGAAAAUGUAGCUAUAAGCGGGGACAACCAACGGUUAUCUUUCUUUCGGUUUACUGCGCCGAAUGAUACCGAGACAUUACCCUCGGUCCAGAAUGGAGAGCCGCCCCGUUUGGUUAUCAAUCAAAGGCAGAAAGAGGCAGAGAAACAACAUCAACAAGAAGACGGCUCGGUCUCACAUUUUCCAUUUAUAUUCGAGUGCCAAUACCUACCUCAGAGCACACGGAUCGGGGACCACGUUGUUAUCUUCGGCACGGUAGUGAAUGUCCUUUCUGAAAACAGUGUCCACGGAGACACCAUGCACUCAGCGAGCGAGCUGUGUCUUUCAUAUGCAGACACUAGAUUCUGGGAGAUGGGCGAUAACAUCUCUCCUGCUUCUAAAAACUCUCCAACAAAGCGUCCGACUGUACAUUAG